GCCGGGGGCGGGGCUGGCCGCGAGCGCCCGGUGUCGGGGCGCGCUCGCUGCCCCUGCGGCUGCCAGGCUUCGCCCGCGCCCGCCCUUCCUGCGCUGCCCGCCCUGCCGGCCGCGCCCCUUGCCGCUGCCACCGCUCUGCCUCGCGGCGGGCGCCGGGGGGCUGCGGGAGGCGCGGCACGGGCCGCCGCCUGCGGUCGCCUUCCUGUUCGGCGGGCGCGGCGCCGGCGGCACGGCGAGGUGAGGUCUUCUGCACAGACGUUUCUGCGUGUUGAGCCCACGACAACUCUGAAUAUUCACAGCAGAGGUAGAAAUAAUGAUGGUUAGAAAUCAGAAAGGGUCAUAACAAGGCGGGGUGUGAGAUGAUCUGCAGGCUCCCCUUCCCGGGAAGGACUGGACCAGAUGGUCUUUCGAGGUCCCUUUCAGCCAAGUCUGUGGCCUGAAACUGUUCACCUUUCCUACUUCUGAGCCAGCCCUGCUUCAGCAAGUUCCCUGCUUUCCCUCCCCGUGGCCAGACAGAGCUGUGGAGGUCUUCUUGACUUCUGCUGGGGUGGCUGAUGCCUUUUUGUUUCCACACUGUUGUGGAUUUUUGGGUUUGUUUUUUUUCUUCUUGAAAUGGUAGGGCUAGGAAACAGCUGUAGAGGGAUGAAGUCUCCACCCCUCCUCCUGGCUGCGCUUGUGGCAUGCAUCAUUGUUUUGGGUUUCAAUUACUGGAUUGCAAGUUCUCGCAGCGUGGAUCUGCAGGGUCGGAUCAUGGAUCUGGAAGGCAAAGUCCGCAGGGCGGCAGCAGAGAGAGGCGCUGUGGAGCUCAAAAAGAAUGAAUUCCAAGGGGAGCUAGAGAAGCAGCGACAGCAGAUAGACAAAAUCCAGUCCUUGCACAGCUUUCAGAUGGAAAAUGCGAACAGAGUACAUCAGGAAGAAAAGGCAGUGCUCAUGAGUAACAUCACAGUAAAUGACCGACUGAUCCAGAGUCUACGAGAACACUUGAAAGAAUUGCAGACGGAAUAUGGAAAGCUACAGCUGGAUGUUUACUGGUUUCAGAAGAACCAGACUAACCUUCAGAGGAAGUUCUCAUAUGACCUGUCACAGUGCAUCAACCAGAUGAAAGAAUUAAAAGAACAAUGUGAAGAAAGGAUAGAUGAGAUAACAAAAAAGGGCAGUGAUGUACCACAAAUCAGAGAAAACAAAGACUUCUCAGAAGAUUCAAAAAAAAAUAGCCAGGUCAAUAUUGAACUGCCAGCCUUGAAGCAGACAGAGUUCAAGGCAUCUGACUUCGAACAGCAGAAACCCAAUGGAGAUGUACCUAAAGCAGCACCUACUGUAAAAAAGCCAGACCCACCGCAGGAUAAAGAAAGAAUAAAUGGCCUAGCUGAAAUCAGAAAACAGGAGCCUAAGGCAGAAGAGAAGCUUUCUAGUCAACUGAAAAACCCACAGGAUUCACUCAAGGCUGCUGCAGGUCACAAGGAGAUGCAGUCUGAGACAGAGAAGGAGCUGAAUCAGUCUAAAGAUGAAAAGCAUGUAGCGGGGCAAGAUGCGUUACAGCCAGCAGAAAAACAGGCUGCCAGUGAGGAAAUUGAGAGGGAGCAGCUCCUAAAUUAUGAUGCUAAGCAGGAUGAUUCGCCCCCCGGAAAGGCUGAGAAACAACAACAUGAAGCACUGAACCUGGACAAGGAUGUUGAUUACAAUUUAGAUGAAAAUGAAGCUGAAUCAGAAACAGACAAGCAAGCAGCACUUGCAGGGAUUGAAAAUGUUAAAAAUCCUGAAGAUCUGAACCACUUAUCUGAGCAUGCUGAAGAAUGAGAGGUUGUGAAUGAAUGAGGUUCAUAAUGCAGCUUAGUCACCUCUUCAUAUAAAUGCAGCAAUGAAAACAAAAUUAUCUGAAAAUGUUUUGAUUAUCUUCUCAAGGCUUCAAUAAGAGGCCAAAUGAAGUAGUAUUUUCUUGUGAAGUUUUAGUACUGUUUCAGUGGUGAAAAAAAAUCCCUUAAAUCUGUGGAGGAUUGUUUUAAAGCAGCUUGACCUCUGCAAUGACUCUUUCCUUCCUACCAAUUAUAAAGCUGAAACCAGCUAGCAGUAAGUGCAGUAACUUUGAAAUCAGCCAGCUUGCACAGUCAUAUUACAGUAACAAUGUGUGGAUUGGAGGUACAUGAAAGAGUUCUCUACCAAGGAUGGAUCUCUCCCCUGAGAAAUGCAGUAAAGAAAUCCCCAGCCUAGUUUUAAGAGCAGCUUAACGGGACCUAACUUACCUUGACGAAACAUGGGAAGGAUGAAAAAUGGCCCAUGCUGCAUCUACCCUCGUGUCUAUUCUGGCACCUUUUUACUGCAAUGUAGACAGAAUCAGAAAGCCGGAUUGUUGUCCUUAGAUAGGACAGAAUCAUAGAAUUAUUUAGGUUGGGAAAGAACUUUAAGAUCCUUGAGGCCAACCAUUAACCUAGCACUGCCAGGUCCUCAGAAUGAUACAUUUUUCUGGGCAUCUUAAAUGAAACUGCUGGCUUACACCAUCUGUAACCAGGCUGAAACACUAUCCUAGUUGUGUUCUGAGCUUUUAGAUUAUAAUAUUCUGACAAUAGUGUCUUCUUAAAGAGAUUAGCCAGGAAGAUUUUUCUCUAAGCUUCGUUGGACUCCUGUUCACAAGGUCACUACUAUGGUACGGUUCAGUUAGUUACACUUUGAACUUGUGCAAGUACAAAUUAAAAUUCCUGAACUUUAAAUGACAAAAGCUAUCUGAAGUGUUGUUAGAACUACCCUUUACUCCACUCAGCUGCUAUCUUCUGCUAAAAAGUAGCAAGGCACAUGCUUGCCUUGUAGAACAGCAAUCAUCUCAGCCAUUCAAAGUGACUCAUCUCUGCAGGAUUUCUGAAGAAGGUCAACCAGACUAUGCAUUUACCAGACACCUCAGUGUCUCCCACAGGGAAAGCUGUACUUGUUGUGAAGGAAGUCCUGCAUUAUGCACAAAGUAUCACGUUGUUAAUGUUCUGUAGUCUUUGUCCUUUCUGUAACUUGUUGAAUAUAAACUGGAAAUUAUUCUACAAUAAUGUCGAAAUACCCUCUGCUACCACUAAAGCACCCUUAACUGCAGUACAACCUGCAUUGCGUGUAGCCAGCUGUUUUGAAGAUUGUAUUUGUGUCUAUUCUCAAGACCGAUACCUGUAUUGGUUUGGAGCAAUCUUUGAGUAUGAACCAACCUGUCAAGAGAGCAUGCGAGCAGACAGACAUGACUGACUUCCCAACCACAAAUUCCAUUUAAGAAAAUACAAAUUUGUCUUGGCUUUCUGUUAA